AGCAGCUUUGCCACCACCGCUCCUGAUUUCUUCUCUGCUGCACUUGGCGAUUAUAUCGGCCGGCAGGGAACGAAAAUGCCAACGGGAUGAAAGGACCUUAGGCCUUGUAUAUACAAAAUGUAAAACGUCUACGUUUUCAUCGACGUGCAAUUUGGUUCUCGAUGUUCGCAGAGAUAUGAGAUCAAUCGUCUCCCGUCCAUGUGUUUUAUCCGCCGCUGUCUCGAGCCUCGGGAAAAUGUACCCGACUAUUUUUGAUCACAGUUUUUUCGCUAACAAAAGAAGACAUCCGAAAAAACACUAAAAGAGUACGACAGAAGGAUCGGUCCAGGUGCCCCCACCUAAUGGAGAAGGUUGGCAAGGUGUGGAGCAACCUGAAGAGGGGAUGUCAAUCCCUGAUCCACCCAGAGGGGGGCACCAGUGUUGAAUCACCCCCACAGCUUCAACCACAAGCAGACACAAUAUGCCACAAUGUGGAAAAGGCCCAGGGAGACAGCACACCGGAGGCUCCUAGUCCCUCUGGCAUUGUUGCAGCACUCCCUCUAGUGGCAUGGAGGACCAGUGGAAGUGUGGCACGACAGGGCCAUAACUGUGUAGCGGAUAUGCCCCAGAUACUAGAGAUCACAGUUGAGCAGGACACUGAAGAUGCUCGUGCCCCCCUGGGAUCCCGCAGGGACUCUUAUUCACGUCACGCACCGUGGAGCGGAAAGAAGAGACACUCGUGUUCCACUAAAGCUCAGGGUUCGCUGGAGACCACAGAUCGCCAAUCGGGACGAUCUCGGCGCAGGCAUGGGAUUGGUAGAAGUCAGGAAGAUCUAGAGCCAGGGGCAACACGCUCACUACGCCAGCAAAUUCAUGAUACAGUGGGCCUGUGCCUCCCAUUGCGCUCAUCCUCUCAAAGCUCCCACCUUCCACCGCCCAAACGUAAGAUCCAAAUCACUGAGCUCAUGCUGGAGACAUGCCCCUUUGCACCGGGAUCAGACCUUGCCCGAAAAUGGCAUCUUAUUAAACAGCACACAGCACCAGUCAUAUUGAUGCCAGUGGAGUCAUUCUCAGAUGCCUGUGGUGCUAGUUGUGCAUCACCAGAAGAUGAGGAGGAACGUUUGAGAGAAAGAAGGCGGCUAAGCAUUGAGGAGGGUGUGGACCCACCCCCAGAUGCCCAGAUCCACACUGUGGAGGCCAUCAAGGCCCCUCUAACUUCUCUUUAUAAGCUGGCACCUAAGCUGACCCAUGGAAUGGGUGAGGCCCUAAGUGACAGCCAGGGAGCAAUGGCAGUUAACUGUGACUCUGAGGAUGAUGACACCACCACUCUCUGCUUGCAAGCUCGCAGGCCCAAACAGCGGCAUGCUUCAGCAGAGGGCCAUCUGGGUGGCAAGCAGCCAGGGCCUUGGAAAGUACACACCCAGAUCGACUACAUCCACUGCCUGGUUCCAGAUCUCCUACGUGUCACGGCACUGCCCUGCUACUGGGGUGUUAUGGACCGUUAUGAGGCCGAAGCGCUGCUGGAUGGUCGGCCCGAGGGCACUUUUCUGCUUCGUGACUCAGCUCAAGAAGACUACCUGUUUUCUGUUAGCUUCCGCCGCUACGGUCGUUCGCUGCAUGCACGCAUCGAGCAGUGGAAUCACAACUUCAGCUUUGACGCACACGACCCCUGUGUGUUCCACGCAGCCACCGUCACAGCACUAUUGGAGCACUACAAGGACCCUAGCGCUUGCAUGUUCUUCGAGCCGCUUCUCACCGUGCCUCUGCACAGGACCUUCCCUUUUGGUCUGCAAAGCCUGGCUCGAGCCGCCAUUUGCCAGGGGAUCACCUACGAUGGCAUCGGGGCACUGCCACUGCCCCCUGCUUUACAGGACUACCUCACGGUGUAUCAUUAUAAGCAGAGGGUGCGGGUACGCUGGCUUGAGAGGGAGCCAAUCAAGGCCAAGUGAAGCAUGGCAGCAUACUUCCCAACUUUCUAACCGGAGUAGUCCAUUCAGCACUUUGCAGAGGUGGCGAAAUUACGUUUUUUUUUGGCAAGGAAGGGUUUUGAUGUUUGAGGAUGUAGGUAUGGAAAGAGGGACCUGAAACUGAACACAAUAUAUAAGCUUCUAUUUAGUGGUCGACCGAUAUAUUGCAGAGACCGAUAAAUCAGCCGAUAUUCUGACUUGUUUAAAUUGGCGGCAUUGGCAGAAUAAUUUUCCCUUCUGGCAGAUAUUUUUUAUUUUAUUUUUUUAGCGCACCGCCUGCUUGCAUGUGGAGUGACUGAGACAUGUAAACAACCAGUCAUGGUUCAUUUUGUUGUUACGUGCCAUCAUGUUACUACAAUAAUAGACUGGUGUGCAACACAGUCUCAUUUAAAUGAUCCACAUAUCGGAGCCACUGAAGACACGCUUGAGCUCAUGUUGUUAAAGUGCUCUUCCGUUUCAUUCUCCCUCUCCUCAACAGUUCCAUGUAACUUUAACUAUCUUGCCUCUGAUCUUGUUUAAACCGACGUAAUAAACCAACCUGACACAACUUCAACAGAUCUAGCAUCCUGUGGAGCAAUCAUAAAUCUUCCUCUGAAGCACAUAUUCUAACAAUCUAUACUCAACAGUUCCCUGUAACUUUUCUAAUGAUAAAAGGCAUAUAUAAAUAAAGCGUGUAUUAUAUUCUGUUUGCAAAUAUGCAUUUAUUUUGUUUAAACAGAUGUCAUUCAUGAACCUCAUGAAAAUCCAGUGUUUUCUUUAGGGAUGCACUGAUACCACUUUUUCUCUUCCGAUUCAGAUAUUGGAAAUCUCCGUAUCGGCCGAUUCGAUACGGUGUUGUUUUUUUGCGUAAUCAGUUUAGAAUAUCUUUACAUUAUUGUCUGGAACUAAUUGGGAGUACUCUUUAAUAUGUUAAGAAACACAACUCUUAACUACACAUUAUUUCAAUAUAAAUGUAUAGCUUAAGAAAAACUUUAUUAUUAACUAGU